AUGGCUAAGACAAAUGCUCAAGAAUCUUUCCAAAGAGUCCAGGAGGCCAAGGCCAAGUCUCGCGCUCGGGCCGGUGGUGCCAGGGUUAUCUCUCCUCCUCCUCUUCCUCGGAACGUUGGGACUCUUUCCAAGCCUAUCGUAAUUUCUUCUUCAGCUCCCCCUCAGUCGCUCCCCGUUGUCCGACCUUCCCCUGAUCCAAAGAAGCGCACGACUUUAGAGUAUGGUGCUUCUGAGGUUAAGGCGGAUGCUAUUGAGUUUGUCCGAAAGAAUAUCUAUCCCCAUGUUCGUAUAGGCAUGGAUGAUAUGUCUGUUCGGGGCCACCUUACCACUAUGGUCGAGGAGAGUCUCAAGGCGGCGGGGGUUUGUGGUAAGCUCUUGGAUAUCUUUGAGAAGGCUCCCCUCAGCUCUUUAGGGACGACCUCGAAGGUCGAGGAGCUAGAGGGAAGGCUUCGCUCAUAUCAGGAGCAUGAGGGAGAGUUGAAGAAGGAGAUUGCCAAGCUGAGGGAGGAGAGAGAUACCUUCCGGGAGAAGGGGAAGGCUUUGCAGGCCCAGUACAACAUGGAGAUGGAGUUGAGGAAAACGGCGCAGGCCAGCUAUCAAAGCUUAUUCAAGGAUCUUGUACAUUACAUUAGUGUCUUGUCCAUCGUAUCCAAACACAAUACACAAAAGAUAAUUUUUAGUGUCUUCGUCCUAUUAUCUCCGUUUCAGUAUGCACUGAACAAAGGCCACUCCUCUCUCUCAGUGGAGAAAGCUGAACAAGACGUCAUUGUUUCAGAAAAUGGCAUGUUCUCCGCCGGCUUCUUCGAAGUCGGUGAUAAUGCCUUCUCCUUUGCAAUAUGGUUCACCACAACGGCUACCGUUGCUUGGAUGGCAAAUCGCGACAAACCCGUGAAUGGAAAGCGCUCAACGCUUUCUCUCUCGCGCACCGGUAAUCUUAUUUUGGUAGAUGCAGGUCAGUUCCAAAUAUGGUCUUCUGAGACGGAGUCAACUCUUCCAACCGAGUUACGUCUUGGAGAUAAUGGCAAUCUUGUUCUACGAGAGUUGCAAGGAGAACGUGUUCUGUGGCAAAGUUUUGAUUUCCCAACGGACACUCUUCUUCCCGGACAACGUCUUACCAGAAGAACACAAUUAGUUUCUUCAAGAACAGAGAGUAGCCAUUCCUCUGGUUUCUAUAUGUUGUCCUUUGAUGAUAGAAACGUUCUUAACCUUCUUUACGAGGGCCCUGACGUGUCAAGCUCUUAUUGGCCCGAUCCUGAUCUCACAGUUUGGAACGCUGGAAGGUUUAUUUACAAUAAUAAAAGAAUUGCGGUACUAAAUUCUCUUGGAGAUUUUAAUUCAACGGAUAAAUAUAAUGCAAAAACAUCUGAUUAUGGCGUGGUGCUGCCUAGAAGGUUGACAAUCGAUCAUGAUGGAAAUCUUCGAGUGUACAGUCAAGAUCUAUCACAAAAAUGGUACGUGUCAUGGCAAGCCAUUUCUGAUGGUUGCAUCAUUCAUGGGAUCUGUGGUGCUAAUAGUGUUUGCAGAUUUGAUCCUCAAAAUGGAAGGAAGUGCUCAUGUGUUCCUGGGUACAAAGUAAAGAAUCAAAGUGAUUGGUCUUAUGGGUGUGCAUCCACAUUUGAUGCUACGUGUGAUGGAAGUAACUUUACUUUCUUGCUACUGGACCAAGUUGAGUUCUAUGGCUAUGACUCCGAUUACGUGGCCAAUUGUACCUACACUGAUUGUGAAAGUUUGUGCUUGAAUAGUUGUGAAUGCAAAGGAUUUCAGCAUUCAUAUGACAAGGAUGUGGGCUAUUUCAGGUGCUAUACAAAAUGGAAAUUACUCAACGGCCAUUGGCCAGCAGAUGCAGGAAAACUAACCUACUUGAAAGUACCCAAAAGGAAGAGCUUCCCCAACAGCUAUGGAGACACUGCCAUCAGAAACAAUGGUUGUUCUGUGAAAAUUCAUAGAGAGUAUUUGAAGAAAAAUGUAAGCCGUUUUGUGAGCUUCCUUUUGUGGUUUGCCACUGCAAUUGGAGUUCUUGAAGUGGCUUGCGUUUUGGUUGUUUUGUUCUUAAUCAGACGCCGGCAUAAUUCUCGCAUAGAUCCACAUGGCCGUCAUCUCGGAACAGUGGGAUUCAGAAAAUUUAGUUAUUCGGAGCUAAAAAAGGCAACAAAAGGAUUUAGCCAAGAGAUUGGAAGGGGUGCAGGAGGCAUUGUAUACAAAGCUCUAUUGUCGGAUCAAAGAAUUGCUGCAGUAAAGAAACUCAAUGAUGCUAAGCAAGGAGAAGGUGAAUUCCUUGCUGAAGUGAGCAUCAUUGGAAGGCUCAACCACAUGAACUUGAUUGAAAUGUGGGGUUAUUGCGCUGAGGGAAAGCAUCGGCUAUUGGUGUACGAGUACAUGGAAAAUGGUUCUUUGGCAGAUAACCUCUCAUCCAAUACACUUGAUUGGAGCAAGAGGUAUAACAUCGCUCUCGGAACAGCAAGAGGUUUGGCAUAUUUACAUGAAGAAUGCUUGGAAUGGAUUUUGCACUGUGAUAUAAAACCCCAAAAUAUUCUCUUGGAUUCAAAUUAUCAACCCAAGGUUGCAGAUUUCGGAUUGUCCAAGUUAUUGAACAGAGAUGUUCUCAACAAUAAUCCAAAUUUCUCAAUGAUAAGAGGAACCAGAGGGUAUAUGGCGCCUGAGUGGGUUUUCAACCUAGCAGUUACUUCCAAAGUGGAUGUUUAUAGCUAUGGAAUUGUUCUCUUGGAGAUGAUAACCGGAAAGAAUCCGGCAGCAGAUAUUCAAGCAAUUAAUGGAGAAGAACCGUACACUGGGAGGCUAGUAACAUGGGUGAGAGAGAAAAGGAGAGAAUGUGCAUCUUGUGUGGAGCAAAUCAUGGAUUCUACAAUAGUGUCAAAUUAUGAUGAAAAUAAGAUGGAAGUUUUGGCUAGAGUGGCAUUGGAGUGCAUAGAAGAGGACAAAGAAGAAAGGCCUACCAUGAGCCAAGUCGUUGAAAUGCUUCAAAGCCAAGAUUAUGAUCCUAAUAAUGGUGGAGCAUAA